CGUUCCAUUUAGCCCGUUUUCACCUUGUACAGCGGAUCGAACCAUUCGAAGAGUACCGUCUAGGAUGUGCUGAAAAAAAGUUGAAGUCAACGGAGAAAUACUCACCAAUCAAAACAAUUUGCUAGCAAACGGGACACAUUCUCGGGAAGCAUUUCCUGCAGAAAAGUGGCGAGUGUGCAUGUGGUGUGCGCUUUCAACUUCUGUACGGUGCUGCUAUAGCGAGAAAGGGACGGACAGAUAGCGAGUGAGCCAGUUUGUACACUUCACAUCCAACAUGGCCGUCAUUCAAGCGCUAUAAACAUACACACACAGCUCAAGCCCUCUCGCAACAAGUCACAGGAACAAUUGCGCUUUCCCUUCGAAACGGUGGAAAUCGAAUAACAUUUUCCCACUGCCGUACGACUGCCUUAAAGUUGAUGGUGCAAGGAAUCCGCGUCUAAUCCCGGUAGCGAUUGUAACCCGUGUGUUUGUGUGCAUCCUAUGAGGAACUUUCGAACUGCCCGCGAGUACCAGCAAUCACUUUAAUGGCUUUUCCAUCCACCGCAAACCAGGACGUGACGAAAAAAAUUCUGGAAGACAUCCAGAUGAAAAAGCAGCUCCUGCAGAAAGGAGUCAACUCGCAUUCGCCCGGCUUCGGUAACCUGUACAACUCGUCACUCGGCUUCGGCAGCCUCUACACGCCCUCGCCCCUGUUUCAGCUACCAAAACAUACACCUGCCACUGCCACCGGCCAGCCGAACGACAGCAACCAGAGCAUCUCGAAGGGCGUGUGGAGCCAGGCGAUCAACCAGUCGUUUGGCUUUUUCGUCCCGCAGGACUCGCUGUUCGGGAACAACAUCCUGCCGGUGCUGCCACGGUACGACAAUCCGUCGAUCCAUUACGCUAGCACGCCGAAAUUUUGA